AUGGCAGCUGCAAAUGUUGUCACACAUCCUGGCAAAAGUAGCUUGGAUUACUACAGGAAUGACAGCAUGGUUCUGUCCUUGUGUGAAAACCCAGUGAACAGCACAGACUUCAUGUGUGACAAGAGGCAGGUCAGGCAGUUUGCUCAAGCCUUCCUGCCAGUGUUUUUCUGGCUCAUCUUCGCUGUGGGCACAAUGGGGAACACCUUGGUCGUGCUUGUCUAUUGCAAAUACCACUUCAGGAGGAGCAUGAUGGAUCUGUACCUGUUGCACCUGGCCAUCGCCGACCUCCUGCUCCUUUUCACCUUCCCCUUCUGGGCCAAGGCUGCUUCUGAUGGAUGGAUCUUUAAGGACUUCAUGUGCAAAGUUGUCAACAGCAUGUAUAAGAUCAAUUUCUAUGGCUGCAGCUUGCUUCUAACCUGCAUCAGCUUUGACAGGUACAUCACUGUAGUGCAAGCGAUGAAAGCUAAAACUUGUAAGCGAAGGUGGCUCCUGCGCAGCAGGCUCAUGUGCCUGGCUGUCUGGCUGACAUCUGUGAGCCUGUGCAUCCCAGAACUCAUUUACAGCCAGAGCACACAGGUGGGUGACAUAACAGUUUGCAAAAUUAUGUACCCACCAAAUGUCAGUGUGAUCUUCAGAGUUACGGUCCUGGCCUUGAAAGUCACCAUAGGAUUCUUCCUCCCGCUCCUUGUCAUGGUGAUUUGUUAUGCCCUUAUCAUCAACACCCUCCUACAGGCCAAAAGAUUUCAAAAGCAGAAGUCGCUGAAGAUCAUCACCAUGAUCCUCACUGCUUUCCUCCUCUCUCAGUUCCCGUACAAUAUUGUUUUGCUGGUCAAAGCCAUCAACACCUACACAGGGGUGGUGCACAGUUGUCAGGUUUCCAACCAGCUGGACAUCGGGCUGCAGGUCACCCAGAUCAUCGCCUUCCUCCACAGCUGCCUCAAUCCCUUCCUCUAUGUCUUUGCUGGUGAGCGGUUCAGGAUGGCGCUGGGCAGGAUGAUGCAAAGCUGUGGCUGCUGCUGGAGCAGGGCCCAGGAGCACUCCUCUGCCUGUGACAGCCAGGAGCACAGCUCAAACUGGUCCUUUGCCAUGCUGGGAGGGCGGCGGGUCAGGAACUCCUUGAUCCUCAACACUCACUGGACCUCCUCUGUUAUGUCCCCUCCUUGCAAAGGUCAUCCUGUAAGUUAG